GUGCGCUAGGAACGCUGGACGGAUCAUGGCCGGUGAUAUGCCACAGAAUCCCCACGGAAUCCCUCCCUCCGGCGUAGCAAUAUUACAUGACCUCGUCUUCUAAUAACGAAGGGUCUUGGAAACGAAGCAUAAGCCAGAGUGGUGCGCUGUUCUAAUAUGGUAGUCGGAUUACCACCAAUGAUGUGUCGCGCGUUUGUUUAACCCAGUCUCGCGAUAUUAUAUUGUACCCUCCGCUAAUGAAACUGGUCAUAAUGGAAGUAUAUCCCGGAGUGGUGCUCAUCUGGCAAUCACUGUUCCUGUUUCUUCAAAAAUGUUAUAUAUCGGCUGCCUUAUCAUUCUUCGAAGCGCAAGGGAAACCUAACCACGGUCCGAUUCCCCAUCCCAACGAAGAGCAGGGAAACACAUCAUGGUUCAAUUCUUUACUCUCACGGCAGUGCUAACACUUGUCUCCAUCGUCCACGCCCAGUGCGGCGCGGGCACGCCGGACGCCAAGGUAACCGGCAGUGGCGGGUCUUUCACGGCCACCAGAGGCGCAAACAGAGUGUACUCCGGCUCAAACUACCAUGCUGCAAUCCAGGCUGCGCUCGACUCCAUUCAGAGCGGUCAGCGCGUUUCCGUCAUCGCAUCGGGGUCCAUCGGUACCAGCACCAUCUCCAUCGGCAGCGGGAAAAUCUUCGAGGGUUGCGGUACCAUCAAUGCGGCCCUUAAGAACGGAAGGGGUGCCAUCGAGUCGCUGAACACCCAAGGAACGCAAAUCCCGUACCUCACUAUGACCGGCGAUCCGUACUUUGGUCUGCGGUUCUACGGCACCCGCGAUCUGGUCCUGGGCCAAAUCACCAUGAACAUGGGCGGCAAAACCAUCGGUAUCCGCUUCGACCGCGACCAAGCCGCGAACUCCAACGUGAAAAUGGACGUCAUCCGCGUGACCGGUGCGGGUGGUCACGCCGUCGAGACCUGGAACAUCGACGGCCUCGAGAUCAACCAGGUCAUCGCCCGGAACGUCGGCGAGUCCGCCCUGCUGCUCCAGAAGACCACCAAUGCGAAGGUAAAGCUCGUCGAUGGGGAGAACGUCGGGAAAGGGACCGGGUAUGCGACCUUCCGCAUGGCGAACAACAACGGCCAGAACAAGAACGGCGACUACAAAACCAACAUUUACAUCGACAAGGUCGUCUCCCGCGGCGGUGGACGCGGCGUCUUCUGCGUCUCGCAAUCCGGAGCGGUCGUCAUCGAGAGCGUCGACCUCGCGAACAACGGCAACAACGCCAUUCUCAUCGAGAACUGCUACAACGUUGCGAUCCGCGGUGGGACCGUCAACGGAGGAGGAGAGGUUCGCCUCUCGGCCCGCACCGAGUUCCCCAAGAACCGGGACAUCUCGCUCACUUUGACGGUGAACAACAACUCCGUCCGGGAGUCCCCUUGCGGUGACAACACCACCUUCAACAUCAAGGGUAAUGCGAAAAAGACCGUUUGCUGAGCGUGAAGAUCGCCCAUGGUCAACGGCAUCAGCGAGAUCUUGAAUGUUUUUGUAAAUGACAGGCAAGAAUAAGGGAUUAUGCUCUAAAUUCUCAGUACCUUAUUCAUACGACGAAUUGCUCGGAAUGGUGAACAUGAACUCUACAAAUAGAAGCGUAUUCAUACCGGUCAACGUAUAUUAGGUGGGGCCUGGCGUACCUGUCCCAGCGCCAUGUACGCUUAUCCGAGCUUUCCCACCCAGCUAUGGCUUCUUCAACCUCUGGAAUAGAGCGGCGAUAAACGAGCAUCGAUAGGUC